GACGUAGGUGGUGACGCUGUUUCCGCUGCUCACAGCGACUCAAACGUCCAAAACAAUCGAUUAUUGAUUAGUAUCGAGGAGGAUCAGCUGAAUGGCGGUGACGGUUUCUGCGGGUGAGUUUGUUUGUUCACAGGGUGCAUCUGUUUUGUUCACAGGGUUGUGUCAACUCUCAUCAUGGAGAAUGGACAGAGCACCACCAGCAAGCUGGGCCUGCCACCACUCACCCCCAGCCAGCAGGAGGCGCUGCAGAAGGCGAAGAAGUAUGCCAUGGAGCAGAGCAUAAGGAGCGUCCUGGUCAAACAGACGCUGGCUCAACAGCAGCAGCUUAACAGCCUGCAGAUGGCGUCCUUGUCGAUGGGUCUUGGAGACGCUCUAUCUCCGCUGCAGUCGGUGGCAGCGCAGCGUCAGAGAGCUCUGGCCAUCAUGUGUCGAGUUUACGUCGGCUCCAUCUACUACGAGCUCGGGGAGGAAACCAUCAGACAGGCCUUCGCUCCGUUUGGACCAAUCAGAAGCAUUGACAUGUCCUUUGACUCAGUGACCAUGAAACACAAGGGUUUUGCUUUCGUGGAGUACGAGGUUCCUGAAGCUGCUCAACUCGCUCUGGAACAGAUGAACUCUGUCGUCCUCGGAGGGAGAAACAUCAAGGUUGGAAGGCCCAGUAACAUUGGACAGGCUCAGCCAAUCAUUGACCAGCUGGCAGAAGAAGCUCGCGCCUUCAACAGAAUCUAUAUUGCAUCGCUUCACUCCGACCUCUCAGACGACGACAUCAAGAGCGUUUUCGAGGCUUUUGGGAAAAUUAAGUCAUGUGUUUUGGCCCGAGAACAAAUGACAGGACGACACAAAGGCUAUGGCUUCAUUGAGUAUGAAAGGCCUCAGUCAUCUCAGGAUGCCGUUGCCUCCAUGAACUUGUUUGACCUCGGUGGUCAGUAUCUAAGGGUCGGGAAGGCUGUGACUCCACCCAUUCCUCUCUUAACACCAACGCCCCCUGCAGGACUCCCAACUGCUUUGACUAAAACCACUGCUCAGGACACUGUGGGUGCCUCGAUCCUCGGAGCUCUGGCUGGAAUCCCUCAGGCUGUCAUGGCCGCCCAGGCUCCAAGUGUCAUCACAGGCAUGACACCAACUCGACCCGGCCUGCCUCAGGUGGCUCUGGUUAACCCGGUGCUGGCCAUGCCUCCCGACCUGGCUUUUGGUUGUGAUUUGAAAAGGACGAGGGAGGAGCAUCAGCAGGAUGUGCAGCAGGAGGGCGCCAUGGACCCGCUCAGCGAGCAGGAACAUCUGAGCAUCAGUGGCAGCAGCGCCCGACACAUGGUGAUGAGGAAGCUGCUCCGCAAGCAGGAGUCUACGGUGAUGGUUCUGAGGAACAUGGUGGGACCUGAUGACAUCGAUGAUGACCUGGAGGGCGAGGUCACGGAGGAGUGUGGGAAGUUCGGUCAGGUGAAACGCGUCAUCAUCUACCAGGAGCAUCAGGGCGAGGAGGCCGCCGCCGAAGUCAUCGUUAAGAUCUUCGUAGAGUUUUCAGACACGGCUGAGAUGGACCAAGCCAUUCGGGCACUCAACCACCGCUGGUUCGCCGGACGCAAGGUAGCGGCGGAGGUUUACGAUCAGGAGCGGUUUGAGAACAGCGACCUGUCGGCUUGAAUCACACGUGGAACAUUUACGAUUUAGGUCAAACUAAAGUUCAUCCGUAUGUAGAGAGGGAGGCAGAGCCACAUCUACGUUACUGUGAUGGUGUGAUGACCUCCGACCUCAGGUGCACAGGUCAAACAGAUGGCAUCACUGUGUUUACAUGUUUGAUAUGAUUGAUGUCAUGUGACAUUUGAAUCUGUUUCAGACUAAAGGAAGGUUUUGUAAUUCCUGCUGCUGCUGCGUUCAGAGACAAACAUGAACGUGAGGUCAGAGGUCGGUGGUGUGUUCAGGUGAAUGUCAAUGACCAAAACAUGCAAAUAAAACUUUUUUCUCUCCUCUCUUUGUUUACAAAGAAAUUAAAGAGCUUUAUGUCUUCAUACUAAAAUGAA